AUGGAAACGUACGAUAAAUUGGUGAAAGUGUUCGGUGAUGAAGCCCCGAGUCGUGCUCAGGUGUUUGGAUGGCAUACAAUUUUUAAAAAUGGUCGUGAAAGCGUCGGGGAUGAACCGCGAAGUGGGAGACCUGUUGAAGCUCGAACUGAACAAUGUUCAGCGUGUACGCACUCUCGUGCAUCAAGAUCGGCGUUUAACCGUUCGAAUGUUGGCUGAUGAACUUAAUUUGAAACGAGAAACCGUCAGAAAAAUUUUAACUGAUGAUUUGUCCAUGAAAAAGCUGUGUGCAAAGNCGUGCCUUCAGUGUGUCGCGAUUUUUGACCUCUAAGAACAUCGCAGUGUUGCCACAAGCGCCCUAUUCGCCGGAUAUGUCACCCUGCGACUUCUUUUUGUUCCCUCAAACAAAAUUGGCCGUGAAAGGAACGCAUUUUGAGUCCAUAACUGACAUCCAGAACGCCGUGACGAGGGUACUUCAGGACAUUCCAGUCGAAGCCUUCCAGAAAUGUUAUGAGAGCUGGAAAAAACGUUGGAACAAGUGUAUAGAGGUGGGAGGGGAGUACUUUGAAGGGGAUCACAUCGAUGUAUCUUAAUAUUUAAAUAUACGUAUUUUAUUGAAUUAAGUCUCAUUACUUAUUGGUUAGACCUCGUAUAUAUAUAUAAAAUAAAUGUAUAGGCAUUGUUUUAAAUAGUAUGUUUACUUAUUAUUUUUUUUUUUUUAUAUGCAAUGUAUGUUUUAAUAUUUUUUAUUGUUCAAUAUAUAACCAAAAACAAUACUAUACAUAAUAUGGAGUAUUUUUUUUUUUUGGACAUGUGCUUUUUGAAGGAUCAUUUUAUAAUUACCUAUUAUAGUAGGUAGGUCUAUUUAAAACAUUAAUUAAUGUCCACGUGUAGAUGUUAUAAAAUAGUCGAAUUUGGUCUACUACAUGAUAUAUGAUAGAAUAUGAUAGAAUUGGAUUUUCAAAUAGACUAAAAAAGUGGCGCAUACAGGCUAACCUUAGACUUGUCACGGACAUCUAUAUUUGCAUCAGAUGUACGUCUUACGUCUAUGAUGGAUUGGUAUAUUAGACGUCGAAUAUACAUUGCAGUGUUUACUGGGAUGGUGAUAGAGCGAUUGGUAUUAUCGGAGUUUCGUAAAUACUACGGGUUUUUGACACGAAUAUGAUCGUUUGUGAUAAGUACCUAUGUUCAGGUGCGUGUACGAAGGCAGUAGUGGACAGGGGUUCAAAUCGUCCCCCCCCCCCGAAAUUCCAUAAAAAUUGAUUUUUAAUAGCGUCUCAAAAGUGAGUUCUGUCAAUGAGGAGGGUAUAAAUACAAUUUUAGUUUUAAUUUAUUACCAGAUAGUAGGUAGGUACCUAUGUAUAUUAUUAUUAUUGUCAUUUCUAAUUUUUUUGUGGUUUUCCUGCUUCUAGAAAAUUAUUACUGAUACGGUAUUAUUGCAUAGUCGUUUGCAUUAUCCGCAUCACAAUAUUAUGAAUUACGCGUUAUCAUUUAGGCUGUAUUCGAUAAAAAAAUAUUAAAUGUAAAUCUAAUAUCAGCUGAUAAAGUUGUAUUAAUUUAGGCACGCUAAUCAUUGAAAUAAAAUCACUCUGUUACGGACUUGCACCGGCGAUUUUCCUGUAGUGAAACAGUCAGCGAGUGGCGAUUUUAUUCGCCGGCUAGCAGCGUUGUCGGGAUCAUUUCGGUUACGAUCACAUCUUGCCAAUUUUGGCCACAGUUCUUCUACGGCAUGGUAGUGGACAUACUGGCAUACUGUGUCGCAAGGACCGGGACCGGACUAUCCGGGAGGCUGAGGCGAGGUUCAACCAGCCACCAGAAGAUUGA